UCUGCGAGGACAUGGAGCAGCCGGGGUUCACCGCCUCGCUAGUGAUGUAGUCUUGCUGUGAUUUCCAGGCUGGACUAGAGGGGACAAGGAAUGCUGUGGGGAGAAUGCCUGGCGAAUGCAAAGAUCAUAGGAAGCAGCAGUUCUGCUCUGAGGAGGAUGAUGGCUGGUGGGGUAGCAGGUGCCUCUGUUGACUUGAUAUUAUUUCCUCUGGAUACCAUUAAAACCAGGCUGCAGAGUCCCCAAGGAUUUUAUAAGGCUGGUGGUUUUCGCGGAAUAUAUGCUGGUGUUCCUUCUGCUGCUAUUGGAUCCUUUCCUAAUGCUGCUGCAUUUUUCCUCACCUAUGAAUAUGUGAAAUGGUGUUUGUACACUGAUUCAUCUUCGUAUUUGAUGCCUGUGAAGCACAUGUUGGCUGCCUCUGCUGGAGAAGUGGUUGCCUGUCUGAUUCGAGUUCCUUCAGAAGUGGUUAAGCAGAGGGCACAGGUAUCUGCUUCCUCAAGAACAUUUCAGAUAUUCUCUGAUAUCUUAUAUGAAGAGGGCAUCCAAGGCUUGUAUCGAGGCUAUAAAAGCACAGUUUUAAGAGAGAUUCCUUUCUCUUUGGUCCAGUUUCCCUUGUGGGAAUUCUUAAAAGCCCUCUGGUCCUGGCGGCAGGAGCAUGUGGUGGAUUCUUGGCAGUCAGCGGUCUGUGGAGCUUUUGCAGGUGGCUUUGCAGCUGCAGUCACCACCCCUCUGGAUGUGGCAAAGACAAGAAUCAUGUUGGCAAAGGCUGGUUCCAGCGUAGCCGGUGGCAACGUGCUUUCUGCCCUGCGUGGGGUCUGGCAGUCACAGGGGCUGGCAGGGUUAUUUUCGGGUGUCUUCCCUCGGAUGGCCUCCAUCAGCCUGGGAGGGUUCAUCUUUCUGGGUGCCUACGACCAGACUCGCUGCCUGCUGUUGCAAGUGGGCAGAGAGGGUUCCUAGCGGACACCACUCGCGCACAUCCAUGAAGAAGCGGGAGCACGGAACCUGUGCUGAAGCCCAGAGCUGCCCUCACUGUGACCCUGAGGCCAUGGUACCAUGGUCAGGCCGGCUGCAGUUGUCCUCAGUGUGCCACAAAGAAGAAAGUGCGUCAUGGUGGGACUCUGGAGGGACCCUCAGAACCCUUAAUAAAUGCGCCUGGCAGUGCCAGGGAGCUUGUGUUUGAUCUGUA